CUCAUCCUCUCUUCUUCGGCUCGAUUCCGAACCGCCGCCGUUCCGAUAUCGUUCCCUCUCUCCCUCCCCAACAAGUUUCCCAUCCGUCCUGGGAUUCUCUCGACGCUCUCCCUCGUCUCUUCGUCCUCCCAAGCUCGCUCAAGCCCAUCAUCUCUACAUCCCCCAGCAAUGGCCGUUCCGUCGACCGACAAGAAGUCCCCCGCGGACCAGCUAUGGAGCCAUCCAGACCCGUCAUCGACGCCCAUGUGGCGCUUCCUCAAGCACGUCAACAAGAAGCAUGGGCUCAGCCUCGAUGGCUAUCCGACGCUCUACCAAUGGUCCAUUGAUAACGUAGCGCUGUUCUGGGAGGAAGUCUGGCACUUUGUGGGCAUUAAGGCUUCCAAGUCAUUUGAUCAGGUCCUUCCCAACAACGCUCCUAUGUUCCCCCGCCCGGACUUCUUCUCCUCCGCCCGCCUCAACUUCGCCGAAAACCUGCUCUUCCCCGCCACGUCGCCGGCCCCAGACUCAUCCGCCGCGGCCGUCAUCACUCUCACCGAGCUCCCCGGCUCUACCGUCACCACCUCGUGGGCCGAUCUCCGCGACGCCGUCCGCCGCUGCUCCAACGCCCUGCGCGCCGCGGGGCUCAAGAAGAAUGACGUCGUCGCCGGUUACGUCUCCAAUCAUGUCGAGGCCAUUGUCGCCAUGCUCGCUGCGGCCGCGGUGGGUGCCGUCUGGACGGGUAUUAGUCCCGACAAUGGUGUGAGUGCCGUGUUGGACCGUCUAAGCCAGAUUGCGCCCAAGGUGCUCUUCGCGGACAACGGCACCGUGUACAAUGGCAAGGAGUGGUCCAGCGUGUCCAAGACGACUGAAAUUGUCACCGCCUUGCGCGCGUCGGGCCUCGAGACUGUCGUUGUCAUUGACAACAUCCGGGCUGGAGGCCUUGGACUUGAGGAGCUCACCACGCAAGGCGUCACGGCUGUCGACUACGCCAGCCUCUUGGCGUCCGCCUCCGAUGAGCCCCUGACAUUCGAGCAGCUCCCGCCCUCGCACCCGUUGUACGUGCUGUACUCCAGUGGCACAACCGGCCUGCCCAAGGCCAUCGUCCACACAGCCCUUGGCACGCUCAUCCAGCACAAGAAGGAACAUCAGCUACACUGUUCGUUGUCCAGCUCCUCUCGGAUGCUCUACUUCACCACCACCUCCUGGAUGAUGUGGCAUUGGAGCAUCGGCGCCCUCGCUGUCGGAGCCACCGUCAUCGUAUACUCCGGAUCCCCCUUCCGCCCUCAGGGUCACCUUUCUUUGCCGCGGGUCCUGUCCGACCUUGAGGUCACUCACUUCGGUACCUCGGCGGCGUACCUCAUAGCCCUCGAGGCCAACGGCGUGUAUCCCGUCCGCGAGCCAGGUAUCGAUCUCUCUCGCCUGCAGGCCAUUUACUCCACAGCCUCGCCGCUGCCCCCUUCCACGUUCAAGUUCGUUUAUGAUGCAUUCCCUGCGCAUGUCAACCUUGCCUCCAUCACGGGCGGCACCGAUAUCAUUUCUCUCUUCGGAGCCCCCUGCCCGCUGCUCCCCGUUCGUGUGGGCGAGAUCCAGUGCGCCGGUCUCGGCAUGGCCAUCCGCGUCGUCGACUCUCUCACCGGCGAGCCCGUCUCUGCUGGCGAGCCUGGCGACCUCGUCUGCGUGCGUCCCUUCCCCUGCCAGCCGCUGACCUUCUUUGGCGCGGGCGGCGACGCCAAGUACCAGGCGGCGUACUUCGAGCGGUUCGCGGACAUCUGCGACGCCAAGGGCGCAGUGUGGCACCACGGCGACUUCGUCACGAUCCCCGACGCGGGAACGGGUAGCCUCGUCAUGCUCGGCCGCUCGGAUGGCGUGCUAAAGCCCUCGGGCGUGCGGUUCGGGUCCGCGGAAAUCUAUAACAUCUUGACGCGCUUCUUCGCUGCCGAGAUUGAAGAAGCCGUGUGCGUGGGACGCCGUCGCGCAGAGGACACGGAUGAGAUGGUGUGUCUCUUCAUUGUCAUGGUGUCAGGAAAGACAUUCGACGACGACCUGCGAAGUCGCAUCAAGGCCAAGAUCAAGGCCGAGUUAAGCCCGCGCCACGUCCCCGGUAUCGUGGAGGAGUGCGGCGGCGGUGUGCCCAAGACGGGCAACGGCAAGAAGAUCGAGGUUGCUGUCAAGCAGAUUCUCUCGGGUAUGAAAAUCAAGACGAAUGCGAGUGUGGCCAACCCUGAGGCGUUAGACUGGUUCAAACAGUGGGCAAAAACUCAUUAGACGGCAAAUAACUAGACAAAGGAAAAGGGAUGGUGCAAUGUGUGAGUUAUAAAUGGACAAUGAGGUAUGGUUAUGAGGUU